CUUAGGUACUUCUAAUUUAAUUUUUCAAAACACACACACACUUGACACUACUAUAUAAAGUGACCAAAAUGUAACCAAUAUUCCAUCCCAUUACUAACAAAUUUUGUGUAACAAUGUAUUCCUCUAAGUCAUUAUUCACAAUUUUAUGUUUUCCAUUUCUUCUUCUCUCCAUUUCUGCUCUGAGCUACACUCAUCGCGCUCGCGGUCCUUGUAAAGAAAUGGUAUUUUACUUUCAUGACAUUGUUUACAACGGGGAAAAUUACAAAAACGCGACUUCAACUAUAGUUGGUGCACCAGAUUGGGGCAAUAGGACCAUAAUGUCAAGUCCUAACAACUUUGGGGACAUGAUUGUAUUUGAUGACCCUAUUACCCUUGAUAAUAAUUUACAUUCAACCCCAAUUGGAAGAGCACAAGGAAUGUAUUUCUAUGACCAAAAAGAUACUUUUAGUUCUUGGCUUGGUUUUUCAUUUGUGUUUAAUAAUACUGAUUAUAAAGGGAGUUUGAAUUUUGCUGGACAUGAUCCAUUGAUGAAUAAGACUAGGGACAUUUCAGUAAUUGGUGGAACUGGUGAUUUCUUCAUGACUAGAGGAAUUGCAACUUUGAGUACUGACGCAUUUGAAGGAAGUGUUUAUUUUCGACUUCGCGUUCAUGUUAAGUUAUACGAGUGUUGGAAAUUACUAUAGCGAGAGCUUAGUGCACUGGACUGUCCUUUUGCCCUGAUUCGCUUUUUCAUCCUAGUUGAAAUAUUAAUUUCUUGACUUCUCUUUUUUUUUUUCUUUUUCUUUCAUGAGUUGUAUUUGUGUGGUCAUUGAUUUUGUUUCAGCCUUCAGUUUAAUUUCUGUA